AGAUGCUAGAGCACUUUGUCGCAUAAGCCAUGAUAAGAGAAGUAAUAUUUCUGAAGUUAAUCUUGCCAGUGAGAAAGACUUCAACUGGCACACCAAUCUCAUUGCUGUCCAUGGUUACACCUUUGAUUCUUCAAAUGAUAAAGAUAAGUUCAAAGAUCUCAUUUCAAGACGUCUGAAACGUGAUGUGGUCGAGAUUUUGCAAUUUGAUGAAAAACGAUCUGUCAUUGUAAAAUUAAAGCCAGAGCAGUGUCAGCCAGGUAUCUUCUGAUUAUCUCUAUUUUUAUAUUCUUUUAUCUGAGGUAUUGCCAUUAUUUUUUCUGGUAUUUUACCCCUCUUGCAAAUAUGUUAGUGGGUUUAAAUUUCCAUGAUACUUGUCAACCGGGGUAAUCUGGCUUGUAAAUAAUGACUGAGUUGAACUUGUAAUCCUCCUGAUAAGAAACGAUCAGGUAUUAUGGAUUGUUGCCAUACUAGAAGUUCCCUAAAAUUGCAGCAAAUGAGAUGUGAAAGUCUUUAAUUUAUCUGACUAAUAAUACAUUUUCCCCCAUAAAUAAUAUAGACAACUAUAGUGAAUGUAUUUAAAUCAAGACUUACUCUAACUGUAACACAUGGCUCUGACAUGCUAUUUAUGAGGGUGUUGUGUCAGUAGCAUUGUUAACUGCUAACUGAUUCAGGAUGCCGGCUUGAGUAGAGCAAUACUUUUUCCAUUCCUUCACUCACUUAGCCAGUCACACAAAGAAGUAUAUUAAUUUCCAAUUAAACUCACAGUACUUUAUUACAUCAUCUUUUACAAUAAUAAUAUUAAGAAGAAUCCUUGCAUGAAUAUCCAGUUAAUAACAUCCACAAUGCAAUUAUUUCACAUAUGUAUAUAUAUAUAAUAUUCCAUGGUGUAGAAAAUUCACCUCGCAGAAAAACAACCACGUCCUCACUUAACUACGACAUCCGAUGUACUGCUGUUACCUCAUAUAGUGAAUGUAUUUAAAUCAAGACUUACAGUAACAUAUUUAAUGUCUUUGAAAUUCUCAUUCUACUUUGUUAUACUAGAUACUUUUUUUUGAUAAUGAUGAGCCAUUUUAUAAAUGAAUUCCUAAAACAAUCUGAUACAAUGAUUAUGGUGAAUGAAAAAGAAAAAAUUGGCUACAUUGAUUUAUGAAAGUGAACUGUAGACCUAUAAUUUAACAAAUAAUAAAAAUACUAUUCUUUAACAUUUAUUUGCAGAUGUUAAAAAUAGUUAUUUAUUAAUGUAAUUUUUAUUGGAACUGAACGUUUUUAGUGAAAAUUAAUAUUAAUUUUAAUGUUUUUUUUUCCCUUUUAUGAUUAAUUUUUUCAUAAUUGAAAUAUAUUAUUUUGUAAUAUACUGAUUAACUUUGAUAUUUCAGAAAAUUUGGCAGAAAUGAUUUGGAAAUGUUCUUUUCAAUUUUGUGGAAUCCAUCUCAUUCCUGCACCAGUGGAGAAAAGUAAUAAAAUUUUGAUUUCUCGUCUGUCAAGCAAAACUGAUAAAGGUACUAUCGAACGCUACUUGUCUAGUAGAAGAAGUGGAGCAAGUCCAAGACAAUUGAUACCCCCUGUUCAAAAGCUCAGUUCUCAAAAGGCUGUUGCAACUUUCAUAAAUUCAGAAGGUAAGUUGAAAAUAAUGUGGUUUGGACCUAAAAUACUUUUCAAAUUGAUUUAAGUAAUUUUUAAAAAAAAUAAUUAAAAUUAAUUCAAUCUUCGCUAGAAUCUUUUUGUGUGUGUUAUAAGUUGACAAUUUUAUAAAAAUUUUCUGGCUUAUAUAACAGGUCUAAGGGUUUAUUUUUAAAAAAUCUCAAUUAAUGUAAUAUACAAAAUAUACUGGGCGACUGCAUACAAAAAGAUUUGAUGUUCAAAAAUUUUGAAAAUUAUUUAAACAUUUAUUUUUCAAAUAUCUGUAGUUUACAGCGCAGGAUGAAUCACACACUGACUUAACUCCUAGUCAUGCAUCUGAACAUUACUUAAAUUUAUUUGUAUAAAAUAUGUUAAAUCUGGGGUUGUUGUUCGUCCGUCGAAGUUGACUAGGACAAUCGAGUCAUCCGGUUAUGGGGAGGUUGGGAUUACGGUGAGCUCGUAGAUGGCUUGCUAGACCGAUCCUUGCUCGGAAUAAUCUAUGACACCGUGGGCAUGGAAUAGUUGCUUCAGACGGUGACCUAAUAAUGCUCUUUCGGACAAGCCUGCGUGUCUCAGCUGUGGUUAUUCUAUUAGCUUCAUGGGAUUUAGCCCCCUUCUAGACAGCAGCUAUCCACUUGGCUUUGUCCUGGGCUGUCUGCACCCAUUGAGUAGGGUUUAUGCUGAAGGCCUUUAGUGCCGCUUUCAGUGAGUCUUUGAAACGCUUUUUUUUUUGACCUCCCUGGGAGCGAUUGCCUAUCAUGAGUUCUCCGAAGAAUAAUUGUUUCGGGAGCCGGUGGUCUUCCAUACGGGCUACAUGUCCCAUCCAACGGAGAUGAGACUGCAUCAGAGUGGUGAAGAUACUAGCAUGGGCGCCCGCAGAAAACUUUCCGGGGGGGCGGGGGGGGGGCAAAAAUUUUUUAGUAAUGUUUUAAUGUAGUUUUAAUUUACUGUAGCGUAUUUGUAAAGUGAACGAACGGACAGGACAUCAGCUUAGUUACUUUCUCUUUAUUUUCUCUUUACUUUAAUACAUGUUUUGUCUAUUUUUGUCUAAAAUUUUUUUAUCCAAUCAAUCCAGGGGGCGCAAGUGCCCCCCCUUGCCCCUACCUGCGGGCGCCCAUGGAUACUAGGUAGGUUCGCUCUAGCAAGGACCUCAGUGUCGGGGACUUUGUCUUGCCACCUGAUGCCGAGGAGUUUCCUGAGGCAGGUAGUGUGAAAAUGAUUCAGUUUCUUGGCGGGACUCUGGUAGACUGUCCACGUUUCACAUCCAUAGACCUUGAGCUUUAUUUCUCGUCUGAUACUUCUCCUGUCCCAAACAGUACUGCGGAGCCUGCCAAAUAUGGCACUAGCUUUUGCGAGUCUGCAAUUCAUUUCAUCAUCCAUGACGACAGAUCUAGAGAGUGUGCUACCCAAGUAAGUAAGAUUUAUCCACCGGGUUGAGACGCUGUCCACUGAUGAUGAUGUUGGGUUCAACGUAGGGCUUACUGGGAGCUGGCUGAUACAUCACCUCAGUCUUCUUUGUGUUGAUUGUGAGGCCAAAGUUAUUGCAGGCCUCAGAGAAGAUAUCAACGCUGUGUUGCAUGACGGCUUCUGAGCUAGCGUUCAGGGCACAAUCGUCUGCAAACAGAAGCUCGUUGAUCGUGGUAUGUUUGACCUUGGUUUUAGCUUGAAGCCUCCUAAUGUUAAAUACUGAUCCAUCAGUAAGAAAUCGGAUUGGCAAGCAGCCCGUGGGUGGAGUCCUUGAACACAUCAGAUAGCAUCGCGGGAUGCAUAAUACUGAAGAUUGUGGGAGCAAGAACACAACACUGCUUUACACCGUUUGUGACGGGGAAUGCUGGAGAUGACUGACUGUUAUCCUGCACUCGGGCCAUCAUACCAUCAUGCAGCUGACGGAUGAUUUUGGUGAACUUGUCUGGGCAUCCGUAUUUCUUCAUGAUUUUCCAAAGGCCACCUCUAUUGACCCUGUCAAAAGCCUUAUUCAAGUCGAUAAAUCUGGGGUAGACCUGUAUACGUUCACAGUGGUCCCUCAAUAAACCCCAUUGGAGCUGCACAACACCUCCCCUCUACAUCCAUGACCCCGUCACCUCCCACUCUUGCAAUCUUUUUCUCAGUUCAGUUCAACUAAUUAUUAAUAAAUAGAAAUUAAGAAUGUAUAAAAAUUUUGAACAUAUUGCUUAGGAAAUAUAAUAUUUCCAUAAGAUAAUGAAAUAAUAAUGAAAUAUUUAGCAGUGCCCAUUUUGAUUUUGACAUUUUAUAAUUAAUUUAAAUAUAAAAAUUAAAAAAUAAAAAUGCAACAUCCUUUUAUGAAUUAAAAUAUUUCCAUUUACAAUGUUUCUUUACAAUCAGAUUCAAAACAGAGUUGGGAAUUUUAUUUUAUGAGCUUAAUCUGCAGCUUUUCCAGAUACAAUGACACCAAAAAUACUCACACUAUCCGUGCAGUAUCUAUAAUAUUUAUUAUUAAGAGUUAAGUUGAAUGAUAAUAAUAAUUACACAAUUUUUAAUUCUUAAGUCAGAGCUUUAUGAAUUAAAUACACGAAUUAAUUUUGUUUAUUUUUUUAAAGUUGUCAUCACAAAUUUUAAGUUAAAAGAAGUAAUGGUAACUUACUUAUAUAAACAAGCAAUCGUUUAACUCAUAAAGAUAUAAAAUUUUACAUUGACGGGUCCAACUGUUAAUUACUCAUCUGAGCAAUUUACAUUCAUUGUUCCCAACAGACAGACAAAAAUUGCAUAAUUUGCACAACUGAUUUAAUAACACAUAAAAAGAAUUAAGAGAAAGUUAUACGUUUCAAGUAUUUAUUUUAUUGUCUUAGAACUUAAAUUGAAAAGAUAUGUUGUCACAUAAUUUCUUGUCUAUUAGAACUACCAUAGUAUUAAUUAUAAUAUAAAUGUUAUUAAAAAAAUGAAGGAAAAUUUAAAUUACCAUUUUUUAAAAUCCUUGAUUGCACAAAUGAUCCUUACCUUGAUUUAGUAGUUUUUUAUGCAGUCUUAGAAAUUAUUUUAUUGUGCUGACGUCUCUGUAUUUAUUAUUCAAUCAAUUUAUAUUUUCAGUAUGUUGUUAACAAUAUGUUUAUUCCUUCUUUCUAAAGCAAUAGAAAGUCUUUUGAGCAAAUCUAAACAUGAACUUGAAGGGAAAAAAUUAAAGAUUGACUACUUUCACCACUGUCUCACAACGGAAGCUUUUGAAGAACAUUUUGGAAGUUCAAAAAAAUUCAAAAAAAUGUGUCAUAAAAGUAGCUCAGAAGCUAAACUCAAAGAUUCAGUAAAAUUUGGGGAUGGAGAAAUUAAUGAACACAAAAUUCCAAAUGAAGAAAAGUUCCAUAAAAACGACUUAAAAAUGACAAGCAAGAGCAGUGAAAAACAAAUUAAGUCUAACCUACAAAAAUUUAAGGGGGCUUAUAAGAAAGACAUGGAUUCAACAUCUGAAGAAGGGGAAAACGAAGAGGAAGAAAAAGAAGAAAAAAAGAAGAAAUUAAGAAAUAAAAAGAGAAAAAAUAAAGAAGUUGAUCCAACAUCUGAAGAAGAAAAAGAGAAGAAAUUAAGAAAGAGAAUUGGCAAAAGUACAGAAAAGUAUCCAUCAUCU